UCCAACCUCUCUGUAACCUUUCCAUUUCCUUUGUUUUUUCCUUGAGGUCUUAUUCGGAAAUGGUGUUAUGGGCCCUUUUAAUGUAAAUGUCUUUUGCAAAACCCCAUUCUUUCUCUCUCUACAAACCCCAUUAUCUCCUUUCCCUUGUCAUACCACUUUCUUUUCCUUCUCUCCACCAACACUUUUCUUCAGGGCCAUGUCCUCUCUCUUCUCCUCCUCUUAUUAUUGGGCUCCGUCUUCUUCAUCUUGUAUAGUUAAUUUUCUUGUAGACUCUGUUGGGCUCUCAAGGGAAUCAGCCAUUGCUGCUUCUUCCCACCUUGGUAACUUCAAAACCCCUGAAAAGCCCCUCUCUGUAAUAAACUUCCUCAAAAGCUCUGGUUUCAAUGAAACCCACAUUCAUGAUUUUAUCAGGAUACGACCCCAAGUUCUCAAAUGCAGUGUAGAGAAAACCCUAAAACCAAGAUUCGAAUUGCUCCAAAGUUUGGGUCUUUCGGGUCCUGAACUCGCUUCUUUCCUAUCUUCUAGCCCAUUCAUCUUCUGCUACAGCAUAGAUAAACAUCUUAAGCCAUCCAUCCUCUUCCUCAGAAGCUAUUCACACUGUAAGCGCUCCAAGAUAGUUGUUCUGGGGAAUAUAAUGAAACCCAACUUGGAGUUUUUGGAGAGCUGUGGCAUUGCUAGGCCGACACUCCAGAAGUUCAUGCUUAGCAGGCCAGGUUUUUUCUAUCAGAGUACUGAGAGGCUUAAGCAGAUCGAAGAGAGAGUUCGAGAGUUGGGUUGUGACCCAAAAUCAAAGAUGUUUGUCAGUGCAAUUUAUACCAUGAGUUCGUUGAGCGAGAAGAAAUGGAAGGCUAAGCUUGAGCUUUUGGAGAGUUUUGGUUUUUCAAAAGGAGAGGUCUUCACUAUGUUUUCUAAGGUGCCAUAUUUGAUGUCCCGAUCAGAGGAAAAGUUAAUGAAAGUUAUGGAUUACUUCCUCAAUGAGCUCAAAUAUGAUAAAUCUUUCCUAGCUUCACGUCCAGUCUUCUUCGGUUAUAGUUUAGAGAAAAGGGUGAUUCCUAGGUUGAAUGUGUUGCAAGCUUUGAGAUCAAGUGCUUUGCUCACAAGGGAUGUGAAUUUAUUAAAAGUUUGUUUGAUUUCGGAGGAGGCAUUCUAGCAGAAGUAUGUAUUCAGUU